AUAAAAUAUCUAUGAAUGCAUUUUUUAUUUAAUUACAGACCUCCAGCCUACCCAGGCAAUGAUGCUAAACAAACCGAUAGCAACUGGAACGCAGUUCCGAUCAUCACAGUUAGCUCACCCAAAGAUGUUGACCAAUCAGGGGAUAAACUAGUCAAACUACCAAAGCUCCCAUCGGAGCGUUUCAGGUACACCUUGUGGCAUGAGCUGCGCAGCAACGACCUGAAGGGAAGUGAACUACACUUCCCCAGGGUUCGUAAGGCACCUGAAGUCAAGGAGAAACUCUUCAAGAGGAUUCAGGAUGAUCAAGGUAGAAAGAUUCACCACGGUAAGACCGGUCAAGAGAGGAAGGUUCACCAGAAGCAAGCUGAAGACUGGGAAAAUACACAGCAUGCCAACCUAUCGUUUCAAGAUCUCCAACAUGAUUACCAGAAGGAGAACCUUCAUAGCAUCAUGAAGAGAUUGAUCAGGGCUGAGACUGUACAGAUCAGAGACAAUAAUAUCAUUGAUCUCUCAGACAUUACUUUCAACUGUUGUAGAGAACUAAAUGCAAGCAAGAAUUUCAUCACUUCAUUCAAGAAAUUACCCAGAUGUCCUAAUUUAGAAGUACUCAACCUCAGCGACAACUCCAUCAACUCAUUUGAUAACAUUGGUGUCUUACGGAAGACACAACUCGAAACAUUGGAUCUGAGAAGGAACCCUAUCUGCUUUAUGGAGAACUACAGACAAAGGAUAUUCCAUGCUCUGCCCAACUUGAGAGUUCUUGAUGGCGUCUCUCUGCUGCCUUCGGAUUCUGGAGACGGUCUUUCAUCGACUGGUAACUGUAUCGUCAUGUGAUCCCGAUUCCCAAGUAACUUUAGCUCUUGUGAACUCUGGAAGUUGGUCUAAGGACAAGGGCACCCUCUCUCCUCUCAUAACCUGCAUCAUCAUAAGAUCUUGUGUAAUACUAAGAACUAUGGACACUGUGGAAGUUGGUUUUAAAGGGGAAGUUCACCCAGACAAAAAGUUUAUUGUAAAAAUAGCACAAAAAUAUUGCUGAAGGUUUGAAAAAAUCCGUCAAAGAAAUAAAAAGUUAUUAGAUUUUUAAUUAUUUGAUCUGUGACGUCAUAUGCGAGCAGCAUUCCUACAUAACGAAUGGUAUAAAAUCAAUGAAAUGUCAUUUUCUCAGAAAAUUGACAAUUGUUUUUACCGUACCGAUUGUAUAUCAAUAGACAAAUCAGUUCACACCCGAUCAUGAAGGGAAAAAAAAUAUAAGCCAUCAGGAACCACUAAAAAUGAAAUUCAUGCAUGAUAUAUUACAUAAUAUAAAUGUAUGGGGCAGCUGCUCGUUUAUGACGUCACAAAUCCAAAACUUAAAUUUCUAAUAACUUUCUUAAUCUUUAAAAGAUUUUCCUCAAGCCUUCACCAAUAUUUUUUACUAUUUUUCUGCUAUUUUUACAACAAACUUUUCUUCAGGGUGAACUUCCUUUUUAAGGCCAAGGGCACCCACUCUCAUCUCCUUACCUGCAUCGUCAUAUGAUCUUGAGUUAUACUAAGAAUUCUGGACACUCUGGAAGUUGGUCUUUAGGCCAGUAACGCACGCUCUCCAAACCCUACCCUCCAUUUCAAGAGAGGAUCUCUGAUCAACUGGUAAUUGUGCAAGUCUGAAAGUGGGUCCAAGGACAGGAGCCCCCUCUCCAUUCCCCUUCCCCAUUUCAAUGGGAUGAAAGCAGUGUUAUGAUGGAACCAUUUUGGACUCUGCUGAUGAAUCAACGGCUAGGAAGACCUUUCAAUUCCACCUCACCAACACCAACCCAUAAUAAGCACAUUCGCACUGUAAUGUGGUUGCAGAAUAAGUAUCUGCAUCAUUUAGUCAUAUGACCAAAGCAUUGUUAUAGAAAAAAUCUCUGGGAAUCUGCAAUGUUAGAGAUUUCUCCCGACGUUAUGAAGAGAUAGGGCCAGCGUCUCAUCAGUAUUUUUGGUCUCCUGCUGUCUUCACGACGUCUCUAUCUUGGAGACGUUUCAGCAGUCGGGGAUGUAAUUAGUCUCCAUGAUGUCUCUGCAACCAAUAGAGAUGUCCCAGAACAUUACAGAGAUAUCGUGAAGACCAGAAAAGUCUCCAAAAAUUCAAAAAGUCUUGUUGUAGAGAGCAACAUUUUUAGAUGUUGCAGAGACAUCUCUUCAACUAGUAAGCAUUGGAUCCACAAUCUAUUUGCAAGUCUGGGGAGAUACUUCCUUUAUUCCUCUCUAUUUAUUUCCUCCCCUCCCAACUUCCAGCUAAUAUGAGUAGUUUCAGAUUCUGCAAUUCUAUGAAUUCGAAAUUGCAUGAUAAUGUCAUCCAGAGCAAUGUUUAAUAGGAAAGAACUUCUUAGGACUCUGGAAGUGAAUAGACAAAGCCACGUUCCUUCUCACCCCCACCCUUAUUUCCUACCCCUUCCUCCACCCCUUGCAUCAUUUAUGUAAGGCAAUCUUAAAUACUGUACCAGUACAUGUGCACGUAGGUAUAUUUUGCAUACAAACAUUUUCAAAAAGUUUUUUUUUAACAAUGUAAUAUAUGUGUUUCUUAUAUGUAUAUACAUGUAUUUUAGAUUUAUUAUUCUUUAGGAAGAGAGUGACUUUAUACAGAAAUUAUCCGUCCAAAUUUUAUAUAAAAUUUUUCCAUAAAUCUCUUCAGGUGUAUUAAACUGCAUUUCAGGUAAUUGAUAAGACUGUUAGAGUAUCAGAACAAGAACUUAAUUCAUUGUGAUUUAUGUGCCAUUGUUUAUAAUUCUUAUGGGACAUGGGAGGAUUGCUUAGGUUCAAUUGCAAAUCAGUCGUAAGUCACAAAAUCAAGCAUAAUUGGGAUUUGCAAGAAAAUUGUAUUGCAAUUGAAUUUGCAUUUAAUCAAAAGACCUACCCUUUAUUUUGUGACUUACAUGUAGACACCGUUCUCAUUACGCUUUCUAAAACUAGUUUACUGGAAACCGGUUCAGGAAACCAGUUUGGAAGAUCGCUUUGCUAGCGUUCCCAUUUGACCACACGAGAGUGGUUUUCAAAAUCACUUCACGUAAAGCGAUCUUGUUGCUAUGGGAAUGCUCUCAGUGGGGCGACAUAUUUCUCGUUAAAUUCUAAACCGUAGAGUAGGAUCGCUUCCCGAAGAACGGUUGUGUCCUCACGCUAAAACCAGUCUAACGAGGCAAAACGAUCUUGAAAACUACAUUGCGAGGUGGUUUUCUGAACCGGUUUGGAAGAUCACUUUGACCGUUUUCACAACACGUUAAACUAGUUUCCAAUAAACUAGUUUUAGGAAGGUAGUGAGAAUGGUGUCUUACGCUUCAUUUGGAAUUGAACCCAACUUUCUUGCAAUGUGGAUAAAGCAUACAACUAGGAAUUGAUUGAGAAACUCACAAAAACAUGCCUGGGCUCCGUAACACAAAGGUUUGCGAUGAAUCGCAAAUAUGAAAGAACAGAACUGAUUGGUCCCUGGUCAGUAUUUUAACCCUAAUGCGCGUGUAACAUUGAUAUCAAUUGGUCAGUUCAUUUAGCGAUUGAUCGCUAAUCUUUGUGUUAGGGAGCCCAUGACUUGUUUUCCUUGGUAUGAAUCAUCUCAAAGAUUGUUUUAUCAACCUAAAAUGCAUAGUUUAGUUUGGUAUUUCCAUUUGAAAGUUUACUUUCCAACAUAUCCCAAUCUAAAUAAAAGAAUGAUCUAGUAUGGAGAGCACUUUUGUCUUUUUGUAUCUAUGUGGAUAUAUCUUCUUCAAGGGUAGAAGGGUGUCAUAUUACCCUCAGAUGAAUAUUCAUGAGAAAUUGGCCAUCAAAAUCAUUUGAUUUCAUGAAUGCAAUUGCAAAUUGUACCAUGGCAUAGUGAGUUUUAUAUAUUCAAUAUAUUUUUGUGUGUGUGAAAUUCUGAGAAGUUUUAAAAAUUUAUUUUUCAAGGCCUCUUCAUAGCCGAUGGAUUUUGUUCUGUCCUUUUAAUUACAAUAUAUUAGAUGAGUAUCUGUGAUUCUCAUGUAGUUGAACAAACAUUUGUAUAUAUUUGAAUUUUUAUUGUCUUUCAAUCUAUAUGUAUAUCAUGAAAUUCUAAUUUAUUUUCAAUAAAUCCUUUGAUUAUCAAAAUGA